GAAGUUGUUCUGUGAAGUAAAGAGGCCAAGUGGGUCAGUGCCAAAUUUUUAUUCUCUUUUUAUGUUCUUUUGUGAUUUUGAAUGUUGGGCAAUGUAGAUUUUUCACCAAAAAGAUAAAACAUGGGGAAGAAGAGAAAGCACAGUGAGACUACUGAGCCCAAGAAGGAAGACUCUGCUCCAGAGAGACCAGUUAGAACCCUUUUGGGAUGGAAGGAUAAGAAUCAAAUCAGUAAUGAGAAUGAGGAUAAUGGUGACUCACCUAUAUUUAGGAACAAAGAGAAGGUAUUGGUCACUUGCUCUAGGCGCAUUAAUUACAGGUACCGCCAUUUGAUGUUGAAUGUGGUGUCGCUUUUGCCUCAUUGUAAGAAAGAUAACAAGGUUGAAUCGAAGGAAACUAAAGCUGCCACCCUCAACGAGCUUGUCGAGCUCAAAAAUUGUUCCUCUUGUUUAUUUUUUGAGUGCAGGAAGCAAAAAGAUCUGUAUCUCUGGAUGGCAAAAUGCCCUAGUGGCCCAUCUGUAAAAUUUUUAGUUAGUGCUGUGCACACAAUGGAGGAAUUGAAGCUAACUGGAAACCACUUAAAGGGUUCCCGUCCUAUUAUGACAUUUUCAGCAAAUUUUGAGAAAGAUGCACAUUGGAAACUGUUAAAGGAGAUGCUGUUACAGAUAUUUGAAACAUCAAAGGACCAUAGAAAGUCAAAGCCUUUUCAUGAUCACGUUUUUGUUUUCUCAAUAGUUGAUGACCAUAUAUGGUUCCGGAAUUAUCAGAUCUCUGUGCCUCAUAAUGAGUCAGACAAAUUACCGAGAGGAGGCCUUGAUAAAAUGACAUUGAUUGAGGUUGGUCCACGAUUUUGCUUGAACCCAAUUAAAAUAUUCGGUGGCAGUUUUGGAGGCCCAACUUUAUACGAGAAUCCGUUCUAUGUGUCACCAAAUCAGAUUCGAGCAUUGGAGAAAAGGAAGAAGGCUGGAAAGUUUGCAAAGAAGGUCAAAGCAAAGACCAAGAGGAAAAUGCAUGAGAUGUCUAAUCCUCUAGAGCCUGAUGAGUUUGCAGAUAUGUGGAAAGAAUGAUUUUAAAUACAACUUCCACUUCCACAAAAAGUAACAGAAAUCCAUAUUUCACCCUAUAUAUCUAUCAUGAUAUGGUAGGUUUUAGUUGGCAGCUCAUGUUUUAUGCCUUAGAUAUGGAUUGCUCUGUAUGUUAAAGUGGAAGUAUAGGCUGUUGACCAAAAACAAAAAAGUGGAAGUAGAGGCUGAUAACUUUGUGCUUAUCUUCUCAUUAUAAUCUAUAACAUAAUAGGGAGAUUCUUAUGAUUUAUAAUGUUAUUUUCUUCAAUUCUUUUGGGGACUGAUUAUUCUGUGAUUCUUUAGUGUUAUUUUCUGUAAUUCCUGUGGGGGGAGUGGU